AUGGUUGACUAUGGAAUUAGCUCUAUGAGUAUAGAUACCCUGGGACAAGAGAUUUCUGUAGCACCUCAAGAGAUUGUGUCAUGUUACCAAAAGACAGGCCAUCAUUGUGAAGCUCUAUCACACCUGGAAGAAGAAUGUGGCAGCAUGUUCUACAUGGUACUGAAUCUGAUGGAAAAAAAAGAGGUAAGAUUCCAAUGUUGUUUUAAAGGCUUCCAAGUUGCAGCAGAAAAACAAAGUGAUACUGUCUCUGUUCAUUAUGAUGGAAGUGAGUAUAAGCUGUCCCAUGGAUCCGUGGUCAUUGCUGCAGUUAUCAGUUGUACCAAUAAUUGCAAUCCAUCUGUGAUGCUUGCUGCAGGUCUUUUAGCUAAAAAGGCUGUUGAAACUGGUCUACGAGUUAAACCUUAUAUAAGAACAAAUUUGUCUCCAGGCAGUGGGAUGGUUACACAUUACCUCAGUUCAAGUGGAGUGUUACCCUAUCUUAGCAAGCUAGGGUUCGAAAUAGUUGGCUAUGGAUGUUCAACAUGUGUAGGAAAUACAGCACCUUUAUCAGAAGCAGUUCUGAAUGCAGUAAAACAGGGUGAUUUGGUUACCUGUGGAGUUUUAUCUGGAAACAAACAUUUCGAAGGCCGUCUUUGUGAUUGUGUCCGUGCCAAUUAUCUUGCCUCUCCACCCUUAGUGGUGGCUUAUGCCAUAGCAGGCACAGUGAAUAUAGACUUCCAGACAGAGCCUUUAGGUACUGACUCUACGGGAAAGGAAAUUUUCCUGCAUGACAUUUGGCCUAGCCGAGAAGAAGUUCAUCAGAUAGAAGAAGAACAUGUUAUAUUGUCCAUGUUUAAAGCACUAAAACAGAAAGUAGAGAUGGGAAAUAAACGGUGGAAUUCCUUAGAAGCUCCUGACUCAGUGCUGUUUCCGUGGGAUGUGAAGUCUACUUACAUCAGAUGCCCUUCAUUUUUUGAUAAACUUACCAAAGAGCCAGCUGCAUUCCAGCCUAUUGAAAAUGACCAUGUCCUAUUGCAUUUGGGAGACUCUGUCACUACAGAUCAUAUAUCACCUGCUGGAAGUAUUGCCAGGAGUAGUGCUGCUGCUAAGUAUUUGACAAACAGAGGCCUUACUCCGCGAGAGUUCAACUCUUAUGGAGCCCGAAGAGGUAAUGAUGCUGUGAUGACAAGAGGCACAUUUGCAAACAUCAAGCUUUUUAAUAAGUUUAUUGGGAAGCCAGCUCCCAAAACAAUUCAUUUUCCAUCGGGACAGACGCUCGAUGUAUUUGAAGCUGCAGAACUGUACCAGAAAGAAGGUAUCCCACUGAUAAUUUUAGCAGGAAAAAAAUAUGGUUCAGGAAAUUCAAGAUAUUGGGCUGCCAAAGGACCCUAUUUGCUGGGUGUAAAGGCUGUUUUGGCUGAAAGCUAUGAAAAAAUACACAAAGAUCAUUUGAUUGGAAUUGGUAUAGCGCCUCUUGAGUUCCUCCCAGGAGAAAGUGCAGAUUCCUUGGGCCUCUCUGGUAGAGAAGUAUUUUCUCUAUCAUUUCCUGAAGAACUAUUUCCUGGAAUUACAUUAAAUAUAAAGACAAGUACUGGAAAAGAGUUCAGCGUGUUUGCAUCAUUUGAAAAUGAUGUGGAGAUAACUUUGUAUAAACAUGGAGGCUUAUUAAACUUUGUGGCCCGAAAAUUCUUAUAGUAUCUACUCA